CCCUGGCGAUUUUUAUCUUACGAUUUUUCCCUCUUUUCCUGGCUCUGGCUACUGGGCUUUAGCACAAGCUCCAUUUUUAGGGUUUCUCUACUCGGCUUCAAUCAAGUGCACAUGGGAAGCUCAAAGGAUUCAGAGGAUCAAGACCUGGCAGAGUUGAGGCGCAAUAUAGCCACCGGGAACCAGAAAGACGCUGGAGAUGCUAGCUCCGCUAUUCCUCCCGUAGUAUGCUACUGUCUAGCGUCCAUCAUGAUGACAGUCGUGAACAAGUUCAUAGUGUCCGGGAGUCAAUUUAACAUGACUUUUCUGCUGCUAUCAAUGCAGAGUGUAGUCUGCGUUGGGUGCGUGAUCGCAGCUAAGAAGACGGGUGUAAUAUCAUUCCGCGAUUUCGACGUGCAAGAUGCCAAGACAUGGUAUCCUAUCAGCUGUCUCCUAGUCAGUGUAAUCUAUACCGGUUCGAAGAGUCUGCAAUACCUCAGUAUACCCGUUUACACCAUUUUCAAGAAUCUGACGAUCAUAUUGAUUGCAUACGGGGAAGUCCUUUGGUUUGGCGGACGAAUUACAGCGCUUACGAUGGUCGCGUUCAUUUUCAUGGUGUUAUCUUCCAUAAUGGCUGCGUUUACGGAUAUCCGCAAUACUAUAGGCGGCACCGAAAACCUUCCUCCAGCGAGCGCCGCCAUGGGUAUCGGUUUGGACCUGUCAAACCUGACUUCUAGACUGAAUGCGGGGUACGUGUGGAUGUUUAUGAACUGCCUGAUGAGUGCUGCCUACGUUCUUCUGAUGCGCAAGCGCAUAAAGGUCACUGGCUUUUCGGAUUGGGAUUCGAUGUUCUACAAUAACUUGUUAUCGAUUCCUGUCUUGGUGGUGUUCUCCAUUGUUGUGGAGGAUUGGGGUUCAGAGAACCUCGUUAGAAACUUCCCACCCGAGACGCGCAGCGUUCUUUUGUCUGCUAUUGCAUUUUCGGGUGCGGCUGCAGUUGGAAUCUCGUAUUCUACGGCAUGGUGUGUGCGCACCACGAGUAGUACCACGUAUAGCAUGGUCGGAGCUCUAAACAAACUCCCUGUUGCGGCUUCAGGUAUGCUCUUUUUUGGUGAUGCAGUGACAUUAGGAUCGGUGUCGGCGAUCGGAAUGGGUUUCUUUGCAGGGAUUGUGUAUGCGAUAGCGAAGAACAACCAGAAGAAGGUGGAGAGCCGGACUCAAGCCACUAUCAUACCACUCUCGAACCGGUAGACAUACUUCUCGACUUCAUCGUGUCGAGCACCUACUUAGACGGAGCGUUGAUCGAUGAAAUUAGUCGUGUCAGAGCUCAUAGUGCGGUUUCUCGCGAGCCGCCGAAUAAACGCCAACAUGAUAACAGUGCAGCCGCAGUGAUGGAGUUAAGAGACAAGACGUGGAGAUGAUGGGAUUUGGCCCACUUUAAACCCGGAAGUUGAACACAGUCCGAGAGAUAAACAGCUUGAACAUAUUGGAUGUAUCUGCCAAUGCGGACGGAUCACUGCGGAUUACGGCCUUCUCGUGAUUCGAUAUGGUGCGAUUAGAUGUUUUAGGCCAAGCGCUUAAGCCAAGCUGGUGAUAAUCAA